AUAGCAUCACCUGUUCCAGAUGCGCAUAUGGCACCUGAAAGCCCAGAGUGGGUAGUCCAGCCUGGGCACCUGACGCACCUGAAACAGCACCUGUGCCAGCUGCAGUACCUGCCGGCGCACCUGCAGCACUGCCUGACGUACAUGCAGACCGUGCUGGUGGGAUUGGACGCGCUGCGUAGGGAGGGGCUCCUAUGUGACGUGGUGCUUGUUGCAGAGGGACAGGAGUUCCCUGUUCACAAGAACCUGCUGGCCAGCUCCAGCGAUUACUUCAAGGCCAUGUUCACGGGGGGUCUCCGCGAGGCACACCAGAGCCAUGUGGAGCUGUUCGGACUGUCUGCCGUGGGACUGGGCAUGGCGUUAGACUUCAUGUACUCAGCCUGCAUCAGGGUCACCAUGGACAAUGUGGAAAACAUUCUACAGGUGGCAUCGCACCUGCAGCUCACCUCCCUGUUGGGUCUCACCUGUGCGUUCAUGGAAGAACACCUGUCAGCACAAACAUGGCUUCUCAUAUACGACCUUGCCGACACGUACGCCCUGCCUUCGGCCAAGGAAGCCGCCCUACGGUUUGCUUUUAAACACUUCAAAGUCAUCGCACAAAGCAAGGAGUUUCUAACCCUUCCUGUGGACAAACUACAACUUCUUGUAGCAAGCAGUAGACUUAUGGUGGAAGAGAAUGUUGUUUUAGAGUCUGUGUGGAGGUGGCUGAACCAUGACCCUUCCAGGAUGGAGGAAUACUGUAAUGAUAUCAUCAGGCACGUGAAGUUUUCUCUUGUACCUCAGGAAAUCCUUGAAGCGUGGAAGGAAGAAAAUCCAGAGGUCCAGACAAACGAAAAGUUGUUUGCAAGGUUAGAGGAGUCUCUGUCGUACCAUAGCAAAGUCUACGAACAGCCCUUGUUGCAGACGGAACAGACGCGAGUACGUGCUGACAGCGAGUCGCUGAUGAUCAUUGGUGGAGCCAAAACCACAGGGCAGUUGUCGCGGUUGAUGUGUAUAGGUGCCCUCCAAGGUGGCGACAAGUCGUUACAGUUCAAACCGGUUGUCAGCCGGAUGAGGUCGGUUUGUUACCACAGCAUCGUGGCGACGGGCGGAUUUCUCUACGUGGCGGGCGGGAUGGACCGCCCGGAUCCAAAAUGUCGCUCGGCGAGGAAAGAGGUGCAUCGCUACGACCCGCGGUCCCAGGCCUGGCUGCAGGUUGGUUCGAUGAUAGACAGGAGGGCGUACUUUUACCUCGCGGCGGUGGACGGUGCGUUGUACGCGGUCGGAGGGCGGGAGGCACGACAAGCCCACAAGUCGGUGGAAAGUUACGACUUUGCGACAAACCGAUGGACGUACCAUUCCUACCUGCCCGCGCCGCUCUACGGUCACACGUGCACAGUACACAACGGGUUGCUCUAUGUCUCAGGUGGGAUGAAGGGAAAACACACCAUAAAUGAGUUCCUAUGUAUGGAUCCGUCUGCAGAAACUGCGCACUGGACUCUCAAACCCCCCAUGGGCUCACCACGAGCAUACCACGCAAUGGCCUCCGUCGGAAACAAAAUAUACGUCUUUGGCGGGUCGCAAACGAUGGGCAACACCAUCGUUAUCAAACAACUCAUCCAGUACUUUGAGCCGGAGAAAGACCAGUGGACGUCCCUGGAUCAGCUGAUGCCCGUACCCAUGUAUGGCUUCUCGGCGGUAUCACACGGACGUUUCGUGUACAUGGUGGGAGGGCAGAGUGACGCGCAUCUGGGGAUGGAGACCCGGCGUCCGCUGGUGAUGUACUACGACACGGAGACGGACAGCUACACGUGGGAGGAGGUCCAGGUCAUGCCGAAGGGCGAGCUGAUUGGUUCAGCCUGCUGCAUGCUAGAGGUCCCUAACCAUGUCAUACAGCUCUAUGCUACGGGGGGAGGGGGGCAACGCUCCAAAAGUGAGUGUAGUGGAAGCUCUGUCGGGUGACGUGGGGGUAAAACAACCAGAUGAUUGACAAUCGUGCUAAAUCACGGCUCGAAAUUCAUUUUUGGGAAUAGG